AUGCCGGGCCCAUCCCAAAAACCAGUCGCUACAGCAUUGCUCAAUCUCGACCGUGAGAUCAAAACGGCUUCCGAGGAGAGAAUCCGCGCCCUUUUGAUGUCUAUCUGCAGUGAGAUCCCAGCAGCACACAGAAAAGCCGUGAAAGAGCUGUUUGUAGACAGCUCUGUUGUCCAGCACAUCCCUGGACAAAUCGCAGGAACCAAGCGUCCUGUUGCGCGCUACGAACGGUGUGGAAAUUGCAAGCAAGAAUUCGAUGUUACAGAAAACUCGAAGACUAGUUGUCGAUAUCAUCCCGAAGAUGCAUACCCGGAUGAAGACCUCUUUCCGGAUAAUGAUGAACCGUUGGCGAUACUGAAUAAUGAUGACACUCGCAAAUAUCAUCCGGAGAAAUUCACCUUUGAAUGUUGUGAGGGGAAUUUAAGGGAUGAUCUUGGAUGCGAGGUGGAUUGGCACCGGUCGCUGCAAACAGCGGGCAUCUCGAAAAGAACGAGAGUCAACGAGGAAGAAGAUGACGAUCAGGGUUCUUCGGAAUAUGAAUCAGAGUAG